AUGGAUCCUGAUAUGGACAUCGACUUGCCAGAGCCACGGGGCACAAAACGACCCGUGCAAGAGAUCGAGCAGAGGGAUGAGCCAAAACAACCUAAAAGAAUCAGAGCACUGGACCCCGAUGUAGUCAACAAGAUUGCAGCGGGAGAGAUCAUUGUUGCUCCCAUGCAUGCCUUGAAAGAGCUGAUUGAGAACGCCGUGGACGCCGGAACCACGUCUAUCGAGAUUCUGGUCAAGGACGGAGGGCUGAAACUACUUCAGAUCACGGAUAACGGCCAUGGCAUUGACCGAGACGAUCUUUCUAUUCUCUGUGAGCGGUUCACGACCUCGAAACUCAAGGCUUUCGAGGACCUUUCCUCGAUAGGCACCUACGGCUUCCGAGGCGAAGCCUUGGCAAGUAUCAGCCACAUCGCCCACCUUACCGUGACCACGAAGACGGCCGGGUCGAGCUGUGCCUGGAAAGCUGUCUACAGCGAUGGCAAACUCGUUCCUGCCAAGCCAGGUCAAACCGCAGCCCCCAAGGCCACUGCUGGACGCGGAGGCACGCAGAUAACAGUCGAGGACCUAUUCUACAACGUCCCAACCAGACGACGGGCUUUCCGCUCUGCAAGCGAAGAAUAUGCCAAAAUCCUCGAUGUCGUCGGCCGGUACUCCGUUCAUUGCGCGGGGGUGGCCUUCUCGUGCCGGAAACACGGUGACUCGGGCGUCAGCAUCUCAACUCCAGCCAACGCAAGCACCAUCGACCGCAUCCGACAGAUCCACGGCAGCGCCGUGGCCAACGAGCUGGUGGAGUUUGAAGUCGAGGACGAGAAGCUCGGGUUCCGCUCGUCUGGGCUCGCGACGAACGCGAACUACCACGUCAAACGCACGACCAUCUUACUCUUCAUCAACCACCGCUCCGUCGAAUCGACAGCCCUCAAGCGCGCGAUCGAGCAGACCUAUUCGACCUUCCUCCCGAAAGGCGGCCACCCCUUCGUCUACAUCGACCUAGAAAUCGAGCCGCAACGGGUGGACGUCAACGUGCACCCGACGAAGCGCGAGGUCAACUUCCUGAACGAAGACGAGAUUAUCGAGAGCAUCUGCAGCGACAUCCGCUCUCGACUGGCGCAGGUCGACUCCAGCCGGACCUUCCUCACGCAGACUCUCCUCCCUGGCGUGCGAACGCUGGCCGAACCCGAACCAGCGGACGAAGUUGACAGCGAGGGAGCCCCCAAAACCCCCAAGACGCCAGCAACCACCACCAAAAAGCCCUACGAACACAACCUGGUGCGCACCGACUCGAAAGUCCGCAAGAUCACCUCGAUGCUCCCGCCCGCACUUGCCUCCGAAACCACCACCACCACCCCCGAAACCGCCAUCGACUCAGGCCUGCACUACGAAACCACCGCCCGCGAACCCCUCCGCAUCGCCCUAACCUCCAUCAAGACCCUCCGCGCCGCCGUGCGCAACAGCAUGCACACAACACUGACCGAAACUAUCGCCUCCCUCACCUACGUCGGCCAAGUCGACUCACGCCGGCGCAUCGCCGCCAUCCAAAGCGGCGUGAAGCUGUACCUAGUCGACUACGGCCUUUUCUGCCAAGAAUUCUUCUACCAGAUCGGCCUCACUGACUUCGGCAACUUCGGUCUCAUCACCCUCGACCCAGCCCCAAAACUCAUCGACCUGCUCCGCAUCGCCGCCGAAGCAGAAGCAGAAGCCGAACACGACGCUACAGCGAACCCACAACGCACCCAAGAGUCCCAAGCAAUCUACGAAACCGCCCCCGCCGUCAUCGCCGAAACCCUGCUCGCCCGCCGCGAGAUGCUAAACGAGUACUUCUCACUAGACAUCAGCGAAGACGGCCACCUGCGCUCCAUCCCGUUGCUCUUGAAAGGCUACCUCCCGAGUCUAGGCAAACUGCCCCGUUUUCUGUUACGGUUGGGCCCCUACGUCGACUGGACCAGUGAGGAGGCGUGCUUCCGGUCGUUUCUGCGUGAGCUCGCGGCGUUUUAUACGCCGGAGGCGUUGCCGGAUGGUUUGGCUGAGGGAGAGAACUUAAGGGAUGCCGGUUUAGACUCUAGCAACGGACAGGAGGGCGAAGAGGAGGGAGGAAAGGAAGACGAGGCAGCGUAUCUCGCGCAGCGCCGCGCGCAGAUGGCGCGCAUGCUGGAGCACGUGGUGUUCCCGGCGCUGCGGGGCCGGCUGGUGGCUACGACGCGGCUGUUGAGGGGCGUGGUGGAGGUGGCGGAUCUGAAGGGGCUGUAUCGGGUUUUCGAGCGGUGUUGA